CCCGCGGCCCCGCAGCCAAUGGGACGCUUCGGCUGCCGUUCGGCCAUCUUCGGGCGCGCGGCCGUCGUUCUCGGACGGGCUCGGCUAGCGUCGGCAACUCUCGGUUGGGCCCGGGCGCGGGUGCACGGCCGGCCUCUCGGUGCGUCCCGGGACCGCGGCGGCGCGGCGGGGGCAGUCAUCUUCGUGGCGCCCUGCCUGUCCGUGAGGAGGAGCCUCGGCGGCGGCGGGGGCAGCUUCGGGACCGCUCGGGCCCGUCCGCCCGCUCGCUCCGGGCGCGCUUCGGGCCCGCUCGGGUCCGCUCGGGCCCCCUCGGCUCCGUCCGCCGCCUCCGGCCGCCCUUUCGGGCCGCUUCGGGCGAGCUCGGCCCGGGGGGGGCGGGGAGACGGGAGGAAGGCAGGAGGAGGGGCUCCGCCCGCCCGGCCCUGUCUGUCAAGCCGGCGCCCCGCCCUCUCCCGGCCACUUCUCCCUUGGCCACACCCCCCCGGGCCCAAUUGGUCCCGGGUUCGACCCUUCUUGGGCCGGGUGACCCCACCUAAGCUAACAUCUCCCCAGCUCGGUGCCACCUUUGAUCCCCCCCCCCACCAAAAUCUCCCUUCCCUCUACCCCUGAGGUCUGAGCCUUCUCUGAGCUGACCCGUGUGGCCAGGUGGAGCCCCCUCGGCAGAGCUGGUCUGGGGUCUCACCCUGCUCUGCUGAGCUGGCCUGGGUCUCGUCCCCUUCUGCAGAUCCGGGCCUGGGUCUCAUCCCCUCAGCAGAACUGGGCUGGGGUCUCACCCUGCUCUGCUGAGCUGGGCCUGCAUCUCAGCCCUUUGACAGAGCUCAUCAACCCCCUCCUCUGAGCUGGGCCUCAGCCCAUCCUGCUCAGCUGAACUUUACUGGGAUCUCAGCAUUCUCCGCCGAGUGCUCCUUGAGUCUCAUGGAGGACUCUGACUCAGCCGAGGCUGCUGCUAUGGCCGCUGCAGUGGCUGCCACGAGGGGUGCUGCCAGCUCGGAAGAUGAGGCCCCGGAUUUGGACUCAGACUCAGAGACAGAGACAGAGACAGAUACAGACACCGACCCCGAUCGGGAGGCCCGCCGGAUGAGAGCUGUGGCUGUCAUAGAGACGUCGGAGCCUGUGAGGCACGUGGAUGUGGGCGCUAGGGAGCAGGCGCUGCCCGAGCCGCCUGAUCCCGAGGAGGAGGCCACCUUUGCAGAAGUGACCACGGUGACUGUGGCCAAUGUGGAAUCUUCUGCGGACAACGUCUUCACCACCUCUGUGGCCAGUGCUGCGUCUCUCUCUGGGCACGUGCUGUCUGGAAGAGCAGCCCUUCAACUUGGAGAUGGCCUGAGUACAGAGAAGGCCACCCUGAUCGUUGUCCACACAGAUGGCAGCAUCGUGGAGACCACCGGCCUGAAGGCACCCCCUGCGCCUCUUCCUCCAGGGCCUCAGUCUUCUCCGACUCCGCUAGCUGCUGUCCAGGACAAAGGGGGCACAAAGUAUAACUGGGACCCAUCUGCGUACGACAGUGAGCUUCCCGUGCGCUGCCGGAACCUCAGUGGGACUCUGCAUAAGAACCGCCUGGGCUCAGGUGGGCGCGGCCGCUGCAUUAAACAGGGCGAGAACUGGUACAGCCCCACGGAGUUUGAAGCCAUGGCAGGCAGGGCCAGCAGCAAGGACUGGAAGAGGAGCAUCCGCUAUGCUGGGCGGCCACUGCAGUGCCUCAUUCAGGAUGGCAUCCUGAACCCUCACGCCGCCUCUUGCACGUGUGCCGCCUGCUGUGAUGACAUGACCUUGAGUGGCCCGGUCAGAUUGUUCGUCCCCUACAAGAGGCGAAAGAAGGAAAGCGAGAUGCCAGCGACCCCUGUGAAGAAGGAUUCCUCCAAGAACAUCCCCUUGCUUCCAGCCACAGCCACCACGACCUUUACCGUGACUCCUUCUGGACAGCUCACUACCUCUGGCGCCCUGACCUUUGACCGGGCAUCAACUGUGGAGGCCACAGCUAUCAUCUCAGAAAGUCCGACCCAGGGGGACGUCUUCACUGGAGCAACUGUACAAGACAGCAACGUGCAGCCGUCUUGCAGAGUUGGUCAUCCAGAGCCUCAUUAUCCCAGCUAUCAGGACAACUGCCCGAUCUCACCAUUUCCAGAAGCUGCGUUGCCUACGUCUCACCCUAAAAUCGUGCUGACAUCCUUGCCUGCUCUGGCGGUCCCUCCUGCGACCCCCACCAAAGCCAUAUCGCCUGCCGUGAUCCACGGGCUAGAGAUGACUGAGCACCGGAGCUGGCUGUGCCUGGAAGAGAUGGUCAACUCUCUGCUGAGCACGGCCCAGCAGUUGAAGACCCUGUUUGAGCAGGCCAAGCAGGCCAGCUCGUACCGAGAGGCCGCUGCAGCACAAGCCAGAGGUCAGGCCGAGGCCGAGAGGAAGGAGUAUCAGAACCAGCUCUUCCAGCCAGCUGAAGAUGUGGAAGGGAAAGCAGAAAUCAUCAUCAAGCAAUCUUGUGUCAACUGUGGCCGAGAAGCCAUGAAUGAGUGCACCGGCUGCCACAAGGUCAACUAUUGCUCUACUUUCUGCCAGCGCAAGGACUGGAAGGAACACCAGCACAUGUGUGGUCAGUCAGCCACAGUCACUGUCCAGACCGAUGAAGUCCAUGUUACUGAGAGUGUGAUCCAGAAGGUCACUGUGUGAAUGACCGGCAGCAGCCCCCCCAGGGCCAGACGGUGGGGGAUGGGGACGGACGGGGACUGGCCAUUUCGGAGGGCUCCCUCUCUUCCCUCGGUGUUCCUCUUGCCCUUAGUCCAUCCUGGGCCUGGGCAGUUCUGGCGGCCCGUUUUCCUAAAGGAAAUGGGCCCGGCAUUCUCUCCGGAGAGAACGGUGUGUGUGUGUGGGGGGGCUGCUGGCUUCUUGCUGAGAGCAACCUGGGGAGCCUGCGGUUGGGGGGGCCCUGGGGGACACCAGAAGGUUCGGAACCCGGUGUCCCCUGUGGUCUCUGUCAUGAGGCCAUGGGGGUCCUUGGGCCUCCCUGGGAAGACUCUGGACUUUGGCACCGGCCAUGCCCGGGGCUCCAGGAGCCUCCACUGCCCCUGACACAGGAGCUGACUGACAGCUUUGCCAGGCUAGAAAGGCUUCCACCUCAGACAGGUGGAAUCCCCUGGUGUCCCGGGGUGCCUUUGGCCACGGGAACUCGUGAAGCAUUGCGUGCAGGCUGCCUGGGACCCCCAGCCUCUGCAGGGCCAAAUAGUACUGUGGCUUUUAGAACAUCUAUAAAUAAAAGACUUCACCUUCACAAACACUUAUUAAGUGCUU